AUGAUGUCGUCUCCAUCUAAUUCUGAUGGCAAUGAUGUUGUUAUGGUUGGCCUAGAUGAUAUUCGUGACUUCAACAUCGACAACAUCCUUCCUCUCCCUCCCACCGACAUUAUUGAGAUCAGGAAAUGGCUUCAGCCAACCGCAUAUGACUUGGAGCGAGGCGAAUACUCUAGACAUCGCCUCUCAUAUCUCGCAGGGACAGGCAAAUGGCUCACGUCGACAACAACCUACCAACAGUGGCACCAAGGCGAGGAAAAUGGACUGUUGUGGGUCAAAGGUAUCCCAGGCUCCGGCAAGUCUGUCCUAGCUGCUUCAAUCAUCAACCAGUUACAAAAGGAUGGAAUACCAGUCAUAUUUUUCUUUUUCAGACAGAUCAUCGACGCCAACCAUCAGCCUGUGGCUGCGCUGCGGGAUUGGUUAUGUCAACUUUUGGAUUAUAGCCCUCCCCUGCAAGUCAAGCUCAAGAAUUACAUAAACGACCAUCGUGAUUUGGAGAGCUUGUCCCCAAGCGAUCUCUGGAAAGACCUCAAAUUGGCACUGGUCACAUUACCCAAGGUCUACUGUGUCACAGACGCCUUGGAUGAGAUGGAUCGGGGGAAUGAUGAGUUCCUCCACGCUUUGGUGGAAUUAGGCCAGUGGCGCCCGUCAAAUAUCAAGGUUUUCAUUACCUCACGCCCAGUAUCGAUGGUUGAAAAUUCCUUGAGAUCAUUUUCCAUUCCCCAGAUUCGAUUGGAAGAGAAGCUUGUCGAUCUCGACAUCGCAACCUAUGUUCAGUACAAACUUCGCCACUCGUCGAUCGCUCCUGAAUCCUGGAGUAUUAUAGAGGAGGCCAUUCCUGGUCGCGCGAACGGGCUCUUCUUGUAUGCCAAGCUCUCAAUGGAUGCAUUUCUUGAGCCAGGCGCCGACGCACAUGAGGUCCUCAAUGUAUUGCCGGCUGACUUGAAUGUUAUGUAUAAUAAUCUUUUGCAUGAACAUGCAAUACGCUCGGCUGUUCCCGAGAAUUUGCAACUCCUCGUCUUGCAGUUUGUUACCCAUGCCACACGCCCACUCCGUAUUCUCGAGAUCGCUGAAAUGGCGAGAAGCGUACAAGGUCCAACAACAUAUCGCAAUCUGAAAGAGACAAAGGACUUGGUACGGGUCGCUUGUGGCCCGCUGCUCGAGAUUCUCCCUGAUGAGACGGUCUCGGUCGUUCACCACUCAUUCACCGAGUUCUUGAAAGGAUUCACCCGUUCAAGUAAGUCGGAUGAUACGACAUAUCCGAUCCUUGAACCAGGCUCAACAAACAAAUACCUGGCUAUUGCAUGCUUGGACUACCUCCGCUCUGGCUGCCUGGUUCAUCAACGAAUGAAGGAAACUGCCAACAAAUGGGAAUACCUGGACCAGAAAGGUGAAGAGAAAAGAGAACUGAAACUCCAGUUCCCAUUUCUAGAAUAUGCAGCGCAUAACUGGUACAUUCACAUAUGUCGCGCAGUUUCAGCGGGUGCAGAUAUGGCCCUUGUAUACCACAUGCUUGAUACAUUUUUUGCGGAAAAGCAGAUGUUUACCGCUUGGCGAGUUAUGGCAUGGCCGCGAAAUGCAACCCGGGGCAUCACCGCGCUUCAUGUCGCUGCUUGGGCUGGCUUAGCUGGAUAUGCCGCACACUUGCUUGAAAGAGGAGAUGACAUUGAAGCGCGAGAUGCUUGCCAAAAUACACCUUUAUACUGGGCUGCCACUUCCGGUCACGGUGACGUGGUACAGGUUUUGCUCGCCAACGGAGCUGACCCCAACGCAGAACAAAAAGAAGGAUACAACGCACUACAUCUGGCAGCGAAAAAGAAUCACGCUGCAGUGGCUAAACUUUUGCUCGCUGCGGGCGUUGACCCGCUCACCCCCAAGACGCAGGAGGCACCCGGAAGGCGGUGUGGGAACGCACCCACAUCACGAGGACAUACUCCUCUCAUGUACGCAUGUUUUAAUGGCCACGUCGAGACGGUAGCUGAGUUCCUACCCUUCUUGGAAAACACUUGCGGUUCUGUCCAAGCCCUUAACUGGGCGGCGAAUGCGGGGCAAUGUGCAGUGGUUGAGUUGAUCAUCCAACAGCCAGGUGCAGAUGUAAACGCGACAUAUCGAGGAGACACUCCUCUUUUUAGAGCUUGCUUCAGAGAAGAUGAAAAAACCAUUUGUUCGCUGUUGCGAGCAGGAGCCGAUCCAAACAUAUUUUGUGAAAAUGCAAGAAGCGAGUUUGCUAGAGGAAUGUACGUCAUGCGCAGUUCAAAGACCCCAGAAGAUCCUGAAAGGGGGCAUGUCGCUUUACAUGUCCUUUGCGGAUCCGGCAAGCGUGGAGGCCAAGCCUUGCCAGCGUGCGUAAAUUUCCUGCUUCAGGCAGGGGCCGAUGUUCAUGUACGAAGUCCUACCGGUAAAACGGCCCUGCACUAUGCCUGCGAAUACCACAAAGCAGAUGUGGUCAAGAAGUUGAUCGAAGCGGGUGCAGAUCCCACGGCAGAAGACGAUUCUGGGGCCACACCAUUACACACAGAAGGACAGAGAGACGCAGAACUGCUUCCUGUGCUUUUGGGCACAGGGGUGGUUGAUAUCAACAAGGCCAUUGGAAAGACUGGGAAGACCCCAUUGUUAUGUCGGCUUCAGGGCUUUAGGCUAGACCGAGUACUUGCUUUCUUGGAGUAUAAACCUGAUGUCAAUAUCGCUGACACUUUGGGCAAUGGUCCGCUACACAAAAUUUUCACGAUUUAUGAGAAUCAUGGUGGUGUUAUCGAUGCCUUGCUAUCUCUGGGCGCCAAUCCAAAUGCGAUGAACAAUGAAGGCAAUACCCCUUUGCACGCCACGAGUGGUAAACACAGCUCGUUCAUUUCUGAGCUCGUUAAUGCGGGUGCAGACCUUGAAGCCCGAAAUCACGAUGGUCACACAGUUCUUUUCAAACAUGCGAAUGGGGAUGAACAACCUUUUAAAACACUUAUUGAGCUAGGCGCUUGCCUCGAUACGCGGGACUUCAACGGCCGAACUCUCUUGCAUCGUUGUUGCAAUGACACCAAUCGCUUGGACUAUCUGAUAAGUCUCGGCCUUGAUCCUUUGACCCCAGAUCACCAAGGCAACUCGCUUUUGAUCGAGAUUGCUGCUAUCAAGAAAAACGACAAACAGCCUGCUAUCAUGAAACAUCUGGUCGCACUUGGCUUGGACAUAGAUCAACCAAACCAUCGCGGUAGGACCACUCUACAUGUGCUGUGUUCUAGCGUGAAUCUUUCAUCCUCAUCGACAGAAGAAGAUAACUGGGAUUAUGUCCUUGGAGUUUGCAAAAACCUAGAUCCCAGUGAUUGCUACGGUGUCCGGCCCUUGCAUCUCGCCGCUACAAUUUCCGAGUCUCAUGUUGUCAAGCUUCUCAACGCUGGUGCAGACAUGUUCAAAGUAACACACGAAGGGAUGUCAGUGCUCCAUAUCGCAGCUCGGACCCGCCAGCCUAACAUCGUGGCUCUCUUCUGCUCUAGACUAGCAGAACUCACGGUACAAGAUCGGACUGCAUUUGUGAACCGACAAACUAAAGAAGGGGAAACAGCUCUUCACUAUGCUUGCCGUUCGGGCCGCCCUGAGACCGUCCAAGUAUUGCUCGAAGCCGGCGCAGACCCAACCAUAUUGGACAGUGGAAACCGUUCACCUUUAAGAGCAUGUGCACAGUUCGAGGCAGAAGAAAAACUAUGGAGCAGUCAUAAAAAGGCGACGCGAACGGACUACCUUAAUGCAGCUGGCGUUCUAGUCAGCGAUCACCAACGGCCGUUCUUUGACCCCCCUCAUAGGAAUGAGAUUCACGUUCCACAAUAUUCAGAGCAUGAUACAGUUCGUCUGGAUGAAAUUUUGGACUUACUUGUUCGCUAUGGAGUCCUCUCGCCUAGUGACAAUUGUCUUCAAAAGGCAUUUGAUGAGGCCAUUUCGAAUCAGUACGAAUACACGGUAGACUGUUUCUUACGACUGCAAUAUCGUAUUCCCGAAGCGCAGCAAUGCUACCUUCAUUAUGGGCUCAACUAUCUGAUCUCCAAAAGCCGACUAGAUGCGACAAAAGCGGCGUUGAGGAAAUACGGCGACCUUGAUAAUAUCUCUCUGUUCCGUAGACGUGAUUCCACAACCUUCAUGAGAGACUUAAUGUUUACUAGGCACUAUGAUCUGCUUGAAGAGGGGGCAAAGAAUCUUGACUCAUCCGAACUCGAUCGCAACAGGAUCUUUUUGUUGCAUUCUCUUGUGACCUGGGGCUAUAAAGAGCUCCUGGAAGGUAUCUGCGAUAAGGACGCUGCAUUGAGGUUUGAUGACCACAACUGGUGCCGAGAAGCAGAAAAGAAGAUAAUAUGCAGUGGAGAAUAUGCUGAGCCUCUAUUGGUGACUGCAUGCGACCGCUAUUUACCCAACAUGGAUGUUGUAAAAUUGCUUGUUGAGAAGUUCGGCGUCAGCCUCAACGCUCAAUUCAGAGAAAGCUCAGAAUCAAUGGAGACCAAAGUCGCCGGAGGGGCCCUUCAUAAGCUCGCACUCGGGUGCAGCUGGUGGCAUGUUCACGAAGCAUUACCGUAUUUGAUCAAAAAGGGGGCAGACCUGGAACUGCGUGGUGAUGAUGGAGUGACACCAUUACAUGCAGCCAUGCAUCCCAAGCAUGGUCCCUUCCGCAGAAAUGCCGUGCAAAUUCUCAUCGAGAGCGGCGCAGACGUCAAUGCCGUGGAUGCCAACGGGGAGACAUGUUUGUCAAAAGCCAGUAAUGAUCUAGAGAUCACCAAGCUGCUCAUAGCGCACGGCGCCCAUGUUAGCGCAGUAGCCAUAUUCUCUGCGAUUGAAAUGGGCGAAAUCGAGAUCCUGGAAACAUUGCUAUCACGCGGUGAUUACGCGAAUGUCAGGCGAUCUGACCCAGUUAAUCCUCCGGAAGAAAGCGAAUGGAGGCUCAACAUUCUUGAUUCUGAGGUCUCGCCUCUUCUUUUCGCCACUAUCCCUGCACUGCGAUCCAGUAGCUUUGACUAUGACAAGCCACGAUCACGUUCAAAAGAUGUGGAUGAAAAAUUGCUCGACGCCCGUAUCAUGACAACACUGCUCAAUCACGGCGCAGACCCAUUUGCUACAUUUGUAGGGGAACUCUCACGUCCUAAAAAGUACAACACGGUGGAAUCAGACUCAGACCUGGAUGAGCCCGAUAUCUCGCGCCCGCAACCGCAAUCACAAAUUGAACCUCAGAGACGCACUAUCAUCCACGAAAUUUUGAAAUCAGAGUACCUAAGCGGGCCGUUCUUUCAAUUACCAUCCUUGCAACUCGAACGACGGGAUUCAAGCGGUUGCACAUUACUUCUUGCAGCUUCUAAGAGCUGUAUGACACUGAACACUAAGGUGGACUUUAUUGAAUCUGGGAUAACCAUUACAAAAACGGGUUUCCAAGAGCUUAUAGAACGCGGUGCAGAUGUGAUGGCACAGGACAACAAUGGGAACACCAUCCUCCAUGAUAUUGGUUCUGUGACUGUCGACUCGGAGUUGUUCAAAAUCCUGAAGGGGGUUAUGAUAAAAAAUCCGGGACUCCUCCAUAAGCCCAACAAGAAGGGCGAAACAUUCUUUCACCUCACCCUCAUCUCUGGGAAAUUCGGUCUUAUUGAUGAUCUUCUUGAAAUGGGUGCUGAUCCUCUCCAGCUAGAUCCCAGUGGAAACACUGCGCUUCAUCAUUUGGCUGAGUACCUGAACGAGGAAAAGCCCCAGGCUCACUUCAAGCGAUUCAUAGAAGCGGGUCUGGAUAUCAACUCUCGGAACCUCCAAGGGGACACACCCCUCUUCAAAUAUAUAGAGAAUGGCGUGGUACCUCCUCAAACCUCGUGGGAUUGCGGUUGUGACGAAAAAAAGGAUGACCUCACCGAGACCAUUUUCGACCUCUUUGAUGAGGCUGGAGCUGACUUCUUCGCACGAAACAAUGCAGGCUCCACACUGCUGCAUUUGUUGGCCACUAAGAAGGCGGGUGACUGGCGUGGUGCGAAGCCCCCGUACAAUGUGGUCCGGCGUUUCAAGAUUCUGAUGAAUCGGGGACUUGAUCCUUUGGCUGAGGAUGCACGCCAGCGGACUAGUUUAGAUGUUGCUGCUGUUUGUGGUAGUGAGCAUAUCAUGAAGUUGUUUGCACGAAAGCCGAUGGAGUAG